CCUGCUCCUUUCUGCCUAGCCCCACCUUGGCUGGUUAAACAGGUUUGAAGUCCAGACGGAAAAAAAAAAUCAGAAGCAUUUCGCAAGCUCGCUGUCCUGCAGCUGCCGCUGCGCAGCUCCGCACCCCAUGGCCCCCUGCCCUUCUCCAAGGUAAAGCCAGAAGGGAUGGGAGCCUAGUCUCUUCCUGACACCCCAAAACAAAGGAGAGCGUCUCACCAGUCCCCAGCUGCAUCUCCAGUAGCACCAAGCCAGCCCCCCUCAUGGCUGCUGCCGACCCCAUACUGCCCCCAGAGGAGGUGCCUUUGCUGGAGCUGGGGAAGGUGGCCCCGGCCACCCCCCUUGACAAGGUGCCUCCAGCCCCAGAUGAACACGCAGGGGAUCCCAAUGCCACCCUGCUGUGGGACCAGUGCCAGCACGGUGGUCGGGGCCAGAAGGAGCCUACGGAGACUAAGAGGCGCUCAAGUCCUGAGGGGGGCCGUGAGGAUCCCGAGGAGGCUGCUCCUGUGUGCCCCCCAGCUGAAUCUAAAGAUGAUGAAGCCCAUGGGCUGCCUGUGAUGGCGGCCCACGUCUUCGUGCCCAUCAACCCGCAGUGCAUUGAGCGGAAGAAGCAGUCCACCCCGUGGCCCCAGAAAGAGGGCAAGGGAGGCUGCGUCCCCCACGGGGACAGACCCAACGGCCUCCGCCAGAAGCAGGUCUUCCUUCCCGUCAGCCCCUUGCGCUACAGGGACCCAGCAGGCUUCGAGGGGCUAGUGGCUAAGCCAUCAGCUGAGAGGUCAUCGUGCCCAUGCAUCAGGGACUGCAGUGCCGAUGGCCUCAAGGCUAUGGCCUCGGUGGUGGGGGCCCUGUUCCUGUGCCCCUGCCUCAUCUACGGGGCCUAUGUCUUCCUGCCCUUUGAUGCUCCGCUCCUGCCCACCAUCAGCGCCCGCCUGGUCUACACGCUCCGUUGUGCUGCCUUUGCCACCUUCCCCAUUGUCUUGGGGAUGAUUGUCAGCGGCAUCUCCCGCCUCUGCUCCUCUGCACUGGAGCCCUUCGGAGAGCUACAGCAGGAGGUGGAGAUCCACCGCACUUACGUCUCCCAGUCCGUCCACCUCUUCAUCCUCUACUUCUUCAACAUGGCUGUGCUGGCCACUUACCUCCAGCAGGAGGUCCUCAAGCUCAUCCCCCUGCUCACAGGGCUCUUUGCCAUCUCCCGGCUGAUCUACUGGCUGUCAUAUGCCAUUGGUCGCUCCUUCCGUGCCUUUGGCUUCAGCAUGACCUUCCUGCCCCUCCUGGCCAUGCUGCUCUGGAACCUGUACAGCAUGUUUGUCCUAGAGCCUGAAAACCUCCUUGCUGUGGCAGCGCCAAAGUCCGAGGACCGCUCCAAGGAGGGCGGGGCCAAACUCCGGUACUGGGGCUGAGGGAGCCCCAAGGGGACCAGGUGCCAGAUCCCUGAGGUGUGGAGGGACUGAACCCUCCUUGCUGCCCUGCCCUGAAGGUGGAGGUAGGGGGAUAGACAGGACCCCUGCUCCCUGCCUGGACCUAGUAAGGCCCCUGGGGUUGAUAUGGUUGAGUUGUAAAGCCUUCUUCAUGGGGAGUUUCCUGCAGGUGGACAAAUGACACCCCAGGCAAGACCCAGGGAGCACAAGGACCUGUUCCUUGAAGAUGGUUAGGGCAGGAUUUGCUGGACUUCCUCCUGGAGCUGGCUUUGCCCAAUAAAGCCCUUCAACUGA